AUGUUCGCAUGUCAACAUGGAUUCCUAGACAUUGUUAAAUGCUUAGUUAAACAUGGAGCUCGAGUCGAAGCACGUGAUCGCUUCAAACGAACACCCUUGAUUCAUGCUUGUAUGUAUGGGCAUGCGCAUGUUGUUUCUUAUUUACUUCGCAUUGGAGCAAAUCCAAAUGCAUUCGAUUCAUCGAUGAAUUCAGCUUUGCAUUAUGCGAUUGCUUACGGUUGGUACUUUUGUGUUCGAUUACUGUUGCAAGCUGGAGCAAAGAUCAAUAUUGCCAACCGUUGGCGAGUGACAUGCCUUGAAAUUGGUUUUUCGAAAGGGCAUUACGGUAUCUGUGAUUAUCUGCUAAAUGAACAUCAAGCAAAUAUUAAUUUUAAAAAUGAUGAAGGUCAAACAAUCGUUAUGCUAAUAGCUGAUUUAGAUGUAUCGGAAUCGUCUGUAGAACGAUUGGGACAGGUUGUUGUGAAACACAACGCUGAUUGUACAUGUGUUGAUGUUAAUGGAAGCAAUGCUUUUCACUAUUUAGCAGAGAAAAGCAGUACUUUCUCGAAAGAUCAUUACUUUCGAAUGGCACAAAUUUUAUUAGAUCACCAUUGUAGUCCUACUCAAAUGAAUAAUAAAGCACAGACACCAUUGAUGCUCGCACUUGAAUCCAAAAAUGUUUCCAUGGUUGAUUUCUUCAUCAAUCAAGCGAAAGUAGAAUUAACUUUGGAUAUAAAUGGUGAUGGGAAAACGUUUUUACAUUAUUUUGCUAUGAAUAGUGAUGAUGAAAAACUUGUUGAAAUAUUACUGAAUUUACCGGUGACAGGGGAUCUGAAAAAGAUGAGUUUGACAUCAGAUAACCAACGAAAGACACCAUUUGAUUAUUGUACCUCGAAGUAUGAAGAACUUUUUGGCAAUCGAUAUUAUGGCUCUUGCAAUCGACUUAGUCAAUAUCAAUCAAUAAUCAAAAUGAUUCGAUACUUCAUUGAUAUACUCGAAUGCUUUAGUGAGACAUGCAUUUUCCAUUUAUUGUAUGAAACACCAUAUUCCAGUCAAUUUGAAGAGCAUCCAUUGGAAAUUUUUCUUAGGAAAUCAAAAAAUAUCAAUGUUUUACACCCCACAACAGAGCAAACACCAUUAUUAAAGGCUAUAGUUGAAAAAUACCAUAACAUUGUAACACUACUGCUUAAGGAACCCUCAUGUGAUGUUAAUUUUGUUUCAUCAGAAAAAUCAUCUGGAAUGAAUCUAACUCCGUUGAUGAUCGCAUGUAAACUUCAACGAUAUCCCGUUAUUCGUGAUCUUUUAAAUCAUCCAAAAUGUGAUCUUCUUGCUUAUGACGCUGAACACAACCAAGCCUUACAUCAUUUUCUGACUGGUUCAUCUCGAUCUGAUGAUUAUCUAGAAGUUUUUCAUUUAUUCAUCGAGAAACUGAUCGCUAUUGAUAAUGAUACAUUGAAUUUGAAAGGAAAAUCUGGCAGUACACCAUUACACAUUGCCGUUUUUCAUAACCCAGGCAUCGUCGAAACGAUAAAUGUUGUUGAACAAACCCUCAUUGAUAAUGGCUGCGAUUUAUUCGCUAAAGAUGACCUUGGCAAUAUUCCAUUGCAUAAUGUCUUUUUAGGAAAAACUGCAAUUUCACUUAAUCAACUCAAUCUUGCUCUUCGUCUUAUAGCAACCGUCAAAAAUCGAGCUGUUUUGGAAGAGAAAACUUCCCAUGGACAAAAUUUACUUCAUAUUAUAAAUCUUAAUCAGAUAUCUGACGCAUCAUUUUUCGACAAGUUUUUAACGCAUUUUUCAAAGCAUAAUUUAGAUUGGAAUGCUCCUGAUGAUUACGGAAUGUAUCCGUUACAUUAUGCCUGUAUUGUACAGAAUAAAACGUUCAUUGGAUUCUUUCAGAAGAAAUAUCCUACAGAGUUGGAUUUGAAUCGAACGGAUCAGUAUGGAAACACAGCUUAUGGUUUAUUAUUCUGGAAUUCAAAUAGAGACAGUUCCUUUGACAAAGAAUUUCUUCGAACUGUUUUUAUUUCUGGCAAAUCUCUUGAUUGUUUAUGCAAUUAUGAUAAUCGCACUGAAAGAAAUCCAUUGUCAUUCGAAAUCAUUAGCACAGUUUCACGAAAAGCAGUUGCACGCACACCGCUAGACUUAGAAAACGCAUCAACAAUUAUUCGAACAUCACCAUUGAUCAAUGCAAUAAUUCAUCAUAAUUUUGAAUUGGCGAAAUUUAUACUUGAACUUGGAGCAGACGUUAAUUUUCCUGAUGAACAACGACUGACACCAUUGAUGUACGCCAUUCAACAGAAUGACUUGAACAUGGUAAAGUUAUUACUCAAUAAAGAUUAUGCGAUCAAUAGUGGUGAUAAAUCAUCGAAAAAGAACCUCGAUUCAGAUGAGGAACAUAUGAAUCAAUCAAAUAAGUUUCAACUGACAUCCAAUAUCGAUCUCAAUGCUACGGAUGCACUCGGUCGUACAUGUGUACAUUACCUAACUCAACCAUUUCCAAAUGUUUCCUAUACAAAUAACGAUGAAAUACUUGAGUUACUUCGCUCAGUGGAUGCUUCAUUAUUUAAAGAACCGAUGGACACAGAAAAUUUAACGAAUCAUAGUUUUAUUGUUAAUGAUCCAAAUAAGGAUCUACUCGGUGUUACAGAUUAUUAUUCAGAUGCUCAACAGUACAUUAGUCAAUACAUGGCUACUCAUCCUAUAGACAAGACGAAUAGUAUUUAUAAAGUUGAUCCACUAUCGAACAUGAAUGAAACAGGUGAAAUUGUCUGGGAUACAGACAAGAAUGAACCUUAUGAUGUUCGUUUAACCAUCACUGAUAUAGACCAUGGUCUCAUUAGUUUAUACAAUUUUUAUCGAAUGCAAGUUAUUAAGCAUCGAACCAAAACAAGUCUCUAUCUUCUAUUCACACGUUGGGGACGUAUUGGUGACGGUAAUGGGCAAUACCAAUCAACACCUUACCCAUCAUUUGAAGAAUGUCGAGCAGAAUUCUGUAAAAUUUUUCAAGAGAAAACGGGUAACGCCUGGGAAAAUACGAAUCAAUUCGAAAAGAAACUAAAGAAAUACACACUAAUACAACUAAGCGAUAACCAAACACAAAAUAACACGGACGUUCCCAUUGAUUUUGAACGACUGAAUGAUGAAGCCCAACAGGUACCGUCUAAAUUAAAAUCAGAUGAAUACAAGGACCUUUUCAGAACAUUCCUUAAUUCCGAAGCGAUACGCAAAAAGGCCAAAGAAGCUAAAUCAGAUCUUGCAUGGAUGCCUCUUUCUCAACUAAGACCCGAGAGUCUACAAAAAGCACGUGACGUAUUAGGAAAACUGAAAAGUGACAUCGAACAAAAAGAAAAACUUCAAUUACUUAUACAACAAACUAUUUCCGAUGAAAACACUGAAUUUGGACGCUUACUUGAUUCGAUUUGUCAACUCACCAAUGAAUAUUAUAGUCUAAUACCUUUGCCGGGCUAUGAUGAUGAGAAACUACCAAUAAUCGAUACUUUACAAGCUGUCAAACUGCAGGAACAGAAACUCACUGACAUAUUUGAAUUGGAAUUAUCGUACAAAAUUCUUCUAGCUGCACAAACCAAUUUAAAUCAGAUAUCGCCAUUAGAUUAUUUGUAUAAAUCGAUUAAUUGUCAAUUUGAAGUCAUGAAUCAAAAUGAUGUUGAUUACGGAUUGAUUUUACGCUAUAUCUGGGCAAGUGUGCCCGGUACAAAAGUCGAACAAAUAUUCAAAUUCGCACGACCUAAUGAUGAUGAGCGACGCUUUCAACGGAAUCUAGAUAACCAUUAUUUACUCUGGCAUGGUACGAAUAUUUGCAAUUCGAUUGGUAUACUUACACGAGGACUUUUAAUUGCACCUUUAUGCGCAAAAAGUACUGGAAGUAUAUUUGGAAAGGGAAUCUACACAGCUGAUGCAUUUGUGAAAAGUCUCAAUUAUUGUUCCGGUGUUACAAAAAGUGAUGGUGAACGUUGCAUUAUGUUAUUGUGUGAAGUGGCAUUAGGCAAAUCCGAAGAAAUCAGUGAUGAAAGUGAUGAUCAAGAUGAACCGUUAGACUUCGAUGAAUAUCAAAGUCGUAAAGGUCAUGGUCGCUCAAUUCCUGAUCCACGAUACACGAUCACAAGAGAUGGUAGUAUUAAAAUGCCACUAGGUCGACUGAUUUCUUGUGAAGAUCCAAAGCAUUCGUCUCAUUCAUUUAAGUAUAACGAAUACAUCGUCUUUGAUGAAUCACAAAUAGCUAUUCGUUAUAUUGUUCAAUUUCUUCGAUAA